AUGUCCAGCAACGGCGACAAAGCCGCGGGCGGUGGCGGGAAGAAGACGACCAAAGUCCGGUUCUCCCUCGACACCAAACCCAACGCGGACUCUUCCAAAGAUAAAGCCAUCGACAGUGACAGGAUGGAUCUCGACGACGUGGCGUCUCUGCAUUUUUCUAACGGCAACAUCGCCCCCGACUUGCUCGACGAAGCUACUGAAGCCCAACGAGUGCUCGAGAACUAUUACGCUUCUGCCCGACAAGAGGGUGAGGCAGUCAAGAAGCCCUGGGACCCUAAGCAGAAAGGCAAAGAACCAGCUCCGGAAGGCACACCCAUGAACGACUCCAACCGGGCGGCCACGAACCCUAGCACCAAGCCCGCCAGUGAUUCAAGCGGCCCGUCUUCUCCGGGCGUGAAUAUCAACCUCAAGGUUUCGUACACACCUGACGGGGAUGCUUACCUCACCAUCGUUCCUCCCAAGCCUGGUGAGCCCAUCGACGACGCGCUUCGCGAGCUCUUGUCACGACAAGCUGAGCAGGCUGUCCAAAAUUCACAUAAUAAAGAUCGCGACUGGGCUGGAAGACCUCUUCAACCUCCCCCAGGCCUCCCUCCUAGACCUUCCCCUGCAUCCAACCUCAAACAUUUACGUCAGUCGACUGCACGCAGAGCGUCUCUUAGGCCCAGAAUGUCGUCCAACGUCCCGUUUCCCGAUCUCUCCGGCCUCCCUUGGCCCGGAGAUGAGGAUGUCGAGAGGGAAAUCCAUCAGAUGCAGCAGCCGAAGACUCUUUCGAGCUAUUGGUGGAUGUCUCGCGAGUGGCGUCGGGCUUUUGAGAAGGAGACCAGCUUGGCUCACGUUAUUGAGAUGCAGCGCUAUGCUCUCACGGUCCACCCUGACAUUGAUAAUCUGGUCAAGUGCGGCCAGGUCAAUAUCGGAAACACCUCGUUCCCAGUACAGAUUAAUCAACUCCCUCAGCCUCUGAAGAAAGCCUGUGAGAGCUGCAACUACAAGACCGACUGUCACUGUGUGUCGUGCAAAUCAUGCUCCACUUGUGUCACGACCGGCGCUUGCAAGGAUUGUGACUGCUGCCAAUUCGAUUGUUGCUGCCGCAAUCCCGAGAAUAUGGGAGAAGCAUGCGCCGAGUGCAACGCGUGCGGCAAUUGUUCCUGCUGUCUGGGCUGUUGCUGCUGCGGCACCACCUUGGGGCCUUCCAUUGCGGUCCGAACCUCCGAUACUGUCGGCUGCGGUGAUUGCCGUGGUCAGCGACGCAAGUGGGAGGAGUCGGGAGAUUGGAAGCUGUUCGCUAAGAAGAGUGCGGGUGGCGAUCAGAAGGCGAUGAGCAAGGCCCCGCGUGUGUACGUUGGCCAGCCGCGACUCAUCCAGAAAGCAGAGCUCCAGAAGAUCGAAGAGGAGCACAUUAAGAACAUGGCCAAGGAGGCCGCCGCCAGGGAGGUUUCUGCCAAAGAGGCUGCUGCUAAGGCGAGCCUCGAAGUGAAGUCCAUGCCUCAGGUAAAGGCUCAAUCAAUGUUGCCCCUCCCCAAGCGGAGCUUCGAGGUCAAGGACCCUAUUCUUGAGGACGACGACCAGCAGGGCAUGCCCCGUUUCAAUCGCGCUGCUAGACGCCACCGCGCUGCCGUGAAUCGCGUGGCUCAAGGAGUUGUCACCAUUCCCGAGGAGGGCGAGAAGAGCCCCCGAAAGGAGGAGAGCAAAGAGGCUGCUUCCGGAUCAGGCAGCUCUUCCAAGACGGCGACCAACCGUCCUCGGCUCACCGCCGCCAGCCAGGAUACCAAAUCAGACACCGCCGGCUCCUCCAACGGCCAAGCUGGAACUAGCCCUGAUAUCCAUACCAAACUGGCCGGGCUCACAUUUGCCUUAGAUGUCCUCCGCGACCUCGAACGUGAUGGUGGCGUGUUCCUCAGUCAGCAGACAAGGGAGCGCCUGCGAAUGACGGACCCUUCUGGCCGCUAUGGGAACCAGGAAAACAUCAGGCCUCCUCGCCAGGCCACGGGCCGAGUGCGACGACCUCUUCCCCAGCUUCCCGUCCAGCAGUCUGUUGAGACGGGUUUCCGUGUUGCCUCUGCUGUCCGAGGAUCUUCUUCGUCCUCCGUGAGUGGUCGAGGCCAGAUGGAGCAUCUUCUGGUUACGAAGAAGCGCGUAGAGAGCAAGGAUGCCAUUGCCAGUGACGCCAUGGGCAUUGACGAGGCUGAGGAGAACCUGGAAAGAAGUGAGCUUGGCGAUGACAAGAUGGAGAAGUUGCCCGUUUCGCCUACCAUUCGCCAUGUUUAG